AUGCUGAUCAUCAAAGGCACCUUUCUUGGCAGUUCUGACAACUCGCUCGUCAUGGCAACGCACCCAACGAUUGCAUCCGAGUUUGAUGCUCUUGGAAUGUCAAGCUGGCUUUUGACCGCUUUUUCCUUGGGGGGCGCUACAACCCAGAUAACGGUGAGUAAACUCGGCGAAGUCUUCGGGCGCAAACAGGUUGUGCUGACGGCCCAUGUGGCAUUUGCUCUUGGAUGCGGCGUUGGGCAGUCGAUGUGGCAUGUGAUUCUCGCAAGGUUGCUAUCUGGAAGCGCAGGAGCAGGCCUAGGCGUCUUGACUUCACUCGUCAUCACAGAUCUAGUGCCACUGCGAGAGGUUGCCGUCUGGCGUAGCUACGUCAAUGUCGCUGGCACGCUUGGCCGGAGUGUCGGCGCGCCGUUGGGAGGCUGGCUGGCUGACGCUGUCAGUUGGCGUUGGUCUUUCAUCGGCCAAGGCCCCCUGGUUCUGCUUGCUGCGCUCUGUGUCUGGAUCAGUUUUCCAGGUCAGCUAUCUCAAGCUGAGCCACGUCAAACAUCCUUAGCACUAUCAACAAGGAUUGCACGCAUUGACUGGGCGGGCGCUUUUACUCUUGCCGUUACCAUCGCCUCGUUAUUACUACCACUCGAAAUAGGUGGUGUCAAUGUUCCAUGGAGUCAUCCCCUUAUUCUCUGUCUCUUUGCGGGCCAUCACGUCCUCCUCGCAGGAUUCAUCUACAUUGAGACUCGUUUGGUCCGAGAGCCUAUCAUUGAUCUCAGCAUCUUCAGAGACAAGCACGUCCUUGGUUGCUUUGGUAUAAUGUUUCUGCAGAUUAGUGCACAGAUUGGGCUCAUGUUCUCAGUUCCGCUCUACUUCAAAGUAACCGCGGGUGCCUCUAACGCCGAAGCUGGGGCUCGUCUGUUCCCAGCUGCCUUUGGGAACACAGUUGCAGGCAUCAUGGCGGGCAUUUUUAUCAAACGAACCGGAAAUCAUCGAGCUCUACUCAUCACUGGAACGCUUCUUUCAAUUUUCGGCUACUUGCUAAUCAUUUUGCGAUGGCGCGGAAACACCGGUUGGCUAGGGUCUCUGUAUAUUCUCCUCAGCGGAUUUGGGACAGGAUUUGUCCAGAGUGCCGUUUUCAUUUCUCUCCAGUCCGCUGUGGAAAAGACCAAACUAACGGCAGCAAUCUCAUGCCUCUACCUCUCUGUUGCCCUGGCCUCCACGCAGGGCCUGGCAAUGAUUAAUGCAGUGCUCCAAAUCGCCGUUCGCCGAAACUUGGGAAGACGCCUCGCUGAUAUUGGUCUGGAUACCGUCCAAAGAGACAAGAUCAUCGCCGAUGCUCUCGACGAUGUGGGCUACAUCCGGGAUGCCCCAGCGCAGAUUGCCAAAGCGAUCACUACCUCUUACAUUCAUGCCCUUGAGUCGACUCAUUGUAAGUGA